AUGGCAUCUAUACCCCUAAUGUUUGCCCAAGAGGACUGUGAGUUGGGAGGCAAAGAAUCUAUCGAGGAUGAUUUCGCAUACCGCAACAAUGUUGCCAAUGCCGACAAGCAGAUCCGCCUUGGUUUCGUUCGCAAAGUUUACGGCCUCCUCUCCAUCCAACUGCUGGCCACUGCUGCAAUCGCUGGAACAUUCCACUUCGUUGAACCCGUCAAACUUUUCAUACAUAACAAUAACUGGAUGGUGAUGGUAGCGUUCGUGCUCAGCAUGAUAACGCUGUUUGCCCUCAUCGCAAAGAGGCGAGACUCGCCCGCCAAUCUCUACCUACUGGCUGCUUUUACGGUGGUACAAGCAUACUCAAUAGGCGUGGUAGUCUCCUACUACAACACCGGUGUGGUGAUCCAAGCGUUAGCUCUGACGUUCGCUGUCGUCUUCUCACUGACCGCAUACACGCUCAACACCAAGACAGACUUCUCGUUUAUCGGAUACGGCCUUGUUGCCGGACUGAGUGUACUAAUUCUCGGCGGGAUCCUGCAAAUCUUCAUUCAGAGCUCGGCCUUCGAAGUGGCGCUGUCAUUCGUAGGAGCGAUACUCUUCAGUCUCUUCCUCAUAUACGACACACAAAUGAUGAUGACCACCCUCUCGCCCGAGGAGUACAUCCUCGCCACCAUCAACCUGUACCUGGAUAUUCUCAAUUUGUUCCUCUACAUACUUCGUAUCCUCAAUGAGCUUAAUAGAAAUUAA